AUGUCCAGCGGCGACUUCGAACUGCCAGAGGGCGCUUUGCUCGGAAUGGGCAAUCCACUUUUAGAUAUCCAGGCUACUGUUGGGUUAGAUCUGUUGGAGAAAUAUGGACUCAAACAAAAUGAUGCUAUUCUGGGUGAAGAGAAGCACCUUCCUUUGUAAGUUUUGCAUAUAUUUUGAUGGAGUUGAGAGAAUAAUGACUAAAGGAUUGCUUGUUUGGGAGAUUACACAGGGUUUAAGGUUUAGAUUAUCAAGAUUAAAAGCAACAGUAAGAUUUGUAAAGUAACAAAUAGAAAUUUAUUAUGGAUGUUAAAAUUUUUUUAGGUUUGAGGAGCUGACAAAAAACUAUAAAGUCAACUAUGUACCUGGAGGAGCUAACCAAAAUGUAUUCCGUGUUUUCCAAGUAAGUUAAUAAGCAAUUGAAACUUUGUUAAACGUCGAAGAAUAUCUGUUAAUAAUUAUGGUUUUAGUGGAUCGUUGGAAAGCCAAACAGAUCAGUCUUCUUUGGUGCCGUUGGUGAUGAUGAGUACGGUAAAAUCUUGGCCAACAAAGCCCGGGAAUCAGGUGUUAAUGUUCAAUAUCAGAUCAACAAGGACGUCAAAACAGGAACUUGUGCUGCUUUGGUGUACGAACAUCACAGAUCUUUGUGCGCUGAUCUUGCUGCUGCCAAUACCUUCACUUUAAGCCAUCUUCUUACUCCAGAAAACCAACAACUUAUCAAAAAUGCUCAAUACUACGUUGUUUCUGUAAGUGUAUUUGUUCUGCUUAUUAGGUUUGCUAACAAAUACUGUAAAAUGACCUAUAUUCUACGAGAAUAAACAAAAAAAUGAUUUUAGGGUUUCUUCAUUACCGUUUGCCCAGAAGGUAUCCUCCACGUAGCCGAACACGCAGCAAAAGAAAACAAGUUAUAUUGCCAAAACCUUAGCGCUCCAUUCGUACCUUUGUGCUUCAAGGAGAAGCUGGAUCAGAUCAUUCCUUAUGUUGAUCUACUGUUUUGUAACGAAUCCGAAAUCGAGGCUUAUGCUCAAUCUCAAGGAUGGGAAACUAAGGACAUCAAGGAACAGGCAAGGAAGUUGGCAAAGGCUGAUAAGGCAAGUAAUAUUAUUUCCUAAACUCUUGUUAUAAUAGUCUCGUUUUUGAGGAUGAUAAUCCUUAAAAAUAAACUACAAAUACUCAAUUUUAGGUCAACCAGAAGCGUUCCCGGAUAGUCGUAGUAACCCAAGGACAUGACCCUGUGAUCGUAGUCGAAAACGACAACCUAUCAGAGUACCCUGUGCCAGUUUUACCCAAGGAGAAGAUCGUAGACACCACUGGAGCUGGCGAUGCCUUCUGUGGCGGCUUCCUGGCCCUAUACUUACAAGGAAAGUCUAUUGAGGCGUCAGUCAACUGCGGUAUCUGGGCUGCCGCUCAUGUUAUAGCUAACGACGGAUGUGUAUUCCCAGAACAUAUCAAAUACGAGGCUUGA